CCGAUCAGUUGAUCAUUUCCCAUGGUUUCGAUCGGACGUGUGUCAAGUGUAACGGGUAACUGAACGCGGCAUUGUCACAGUCGAUGCGCAAACAAGCGUACAACUGUCUCCGGGCGAUGGAUAAGUUUUAGUAAUAAUCCGCUUCGACCGUUCGUGUAUGAAUGCAAUCAUCACGACUACUUACAAUUAUUUACCGGGUUCAUAAACUGGAAAGACGAGUAGCUCUAUUAGCGACAGUAUAUCCAGUCGGUGUGGUCAUCAAGUCAUUCGCAGCGGUCGAUACUAAUAGCAGAGUAAAUUGGAGAGAUACAAGCGUAUCAUCACUGUGACUAGUGCUUCGGUAUUAGUGCUAAACAAAGUGCGCAGAUUGAUGAUCGGAAUAUGUGAAAAAUAUAUAUUCGAAAUGUACAUUUCGUCACCAGGUGCCAAAAUCGAAAUGUGAAGCAAUAACGCCACCAGGUGCAGUGCUCUCGAUCAUCGUUGAAUUCUAGUCAUACUGAAAACCUGUCCAAACCAACGUAGUAAUUAGUGAAAAAAAAUCUUCAAAACCAAGGGUCGACAAAAAUACUUUGCCAUGGCAAAACAUACAUCAUGCAGUAUUUGGCUCUUCUACCGGUUGGUGCUAAUGCCACUGAUCCUCUGUAGUAUCACUGUAAUGAUAAAGCCUACCGAAUCUUCAUCGGCCGUUCCACUAAUACGACAAAGAGCGGAUUACAAUGCUUCCAAUGGUAAUGAAUCGCUUAUUUCUGAUGCUGAUGUGCAGAAGCGCAUACAGGAAGUUUUUAACCGUAAGGGAUACUCAAAUCCAGAUCCUAGUCCAAAUGAUUCCCUCGAAGCACAGCCCGAAGAAGUAGCAGUAAGAAUUGAUAGUGCAUCGCCGAGGCGACGGAAACGGCCCCUGUGGAAAAUCGAUGAUAAUUUCGAUCCGCGGAAGUCCUACGUCAUCAAACAUCCCAACGGAACUAUCACCUACGUACCGCCGAAGGAUAUAGAUCUUAGUGGUACCGUGGCCACUAGAAGUACGGCCGCGCCCCCAAACAGCAAUGCCAACGAGCUCGUCGACAAGAUGAGCGAAGCAAGUACGAGCGAUAGUGAAAAGUUGCGAAGCUCCCGUUUUGUUUUCCCGAGUGAUCUAGAGCCAAGAAUCGACAAGAGGGAAUGCACGCCCGAGUAUCCCAUUUGCGUAAACAUGGACGAUUAUCCGCAUGAGCUUAUCAACGACAUUGUUGAUCGCCAGAAGGAACGUUUCGCUGAAGUUUUCGGGAAUGACGUCGUGGUGGAAAACGGUGACAAACUUGUACAGCGGUUCGACAGUGUGGACGAUAGCCGCAACGCCUUUAGGUAUAUAUGCCCCAGCGAAGAGAGAUUGAUUCAUCCGAAGAGCGGAUUCGAUAAGGAUGAGAAACGAGUUAUGAUCAUCAAUACCCAGAAUUACAUGCAAGGUGUACGCAUAGAGACAUGCCUAUCUGGAGGAAAACCUUGUGAGAAUUUGAAUGCACUAUUUUCAAAAACGGAAUGCCGGCAGGUUUAUCACUAUCGCACUUUACUGGCAAUUGAUCCAAUAACCAAUCAGCCAUACAAGGAGAAGUUCAAACUACCGUCGUGUUGCAAAUGUGUGAUAAUGUCUCUAGAUGGAUCGGCCUACCGCAAAAAAAGAGAAACCAAUGGAGGAUUGUGAUGAGGCCACAUGCAUUGGUCGAGACUCAGUGCUCAGAAAAAAAACAAGUUGUGAAUAUGAUGGAAAUUAUUCACUCCGAUAGUGAUUGAAUGUCAUCGAAUUAUUUGUUCUUUGAACAAAAAGCGGUGUGAAGUACAAUACAAUUCAUAAGAAUAUAAGUCAUGUAAUGUCGAUGUUAAUUUUUGUUGAAUUAAAAAUUAUUUGUAUAUAAGGCAAACA